ACAUUUUUCGCAAAAUCGCUUUAAAAAUGAUUAAUUGAUCUAGUAAUUGUUAUGUUCUAUAGAGAAUCAUACACUGUAGGCACAGGAUGUACAAAUUAGCCCAAAAAAGGAGAAAUAAAUACAAUCACUAGUUAAAAUACAAUUUUCAAAAUGGUUUGCAAAAAUAUUUCAGGGCGGCCGACUUUUUAUACCGGUCAGUGUACAAAGCGUGAUCGGUUUUCCCAAACACUUACGGAUGUUUUUAGUUUCACAAAGUUUUUGUGUUAGUUGCACAUGGAACAGUUCAUCAAGAUUCUCGCCAUUCGCCGUAGUACUAAUCAUCAUGGGUUUCAGCGUCAAGAUAUACAAUCUCAGAUGAUGAAGAUAGCGAUCCUUACAAAAAUCCAGAGCUAAGCGAGGAGGAAUAUCAUCCCACGAGCCACAGCGAGAAUAGCAGUGAUGAUAUUUCUGAAAGCGCAUCGCUGUCCACAGAAUCACAAAAGACAAUUACUCCUAUACGAUUUGAACCUGGAAAAGAAGGAAAGAAGGGAUUUCUAAAAGGUGUAAAAAGGAAAUUAUUUGAUGCAGACGAUGAUUCGGCCGAAGUAAUAGAAGUAACUCCCGUUUUUGGAAGCAAAUGGUUCCCUGAGCAAAGUGUCAAGAAAACAUUGAGUGAUCGUUCGAUAGUUGCCAAACUUGAAUAUGUAAAUGAUAUUGCACGAUUAUAUACACACCAAACCCUUCAUCGUGGUUUAUUUAGAAAAACAUUAGUCGAACGCGUUCACAUGGGAGAUGAGACUGCAAGAAGUUUAUAUUGUUACAUUUUUGUAGUAGACGUAGACAGUUCACAUGCUACUUGCAAAGUUUUUGAUCCUAUGAAAUCAAUGGGCAAGCUUGAGCGUCAAGAAAGGAAUGUUCUAAUUGAAAUAUCACAGUGUUGUCCUGCAGAGGAGAAUGUUUAUUGGGGACGAGUUCACUUCUUCAACAUCAUCUGUAUGUAUCACUUUGUUAAAGAGAUCAUAUACAUCGCCAAUUGAAAAAUCGAAGGAAAUGCCAAAUACAAAGCUGCGUGCACACUUUUGUUUCAUCUCUCGAGAAUUUAAAACAUGCAUUGGCAGACAUUUACAGAAGAUGCAUAAAUACCACCCAAAAGUCCAAGAAGUUUGCCAAGAACAAGAUUUGCGAGAGAAAAGAAAAUUACUGACGCUUCUUAGACGAGAAGGUGAUCGAAUAUACAAUUUACAAUGUAGUCCAGGUAAAAGAAUACCUGUUAGGUUCGCAGCUACGCAGGAAAUAAAGAAUUUUGUAACUUGUCCUAAUUGUAAGGGUCUCUUUGCUCGAAGACAUUUUUCGUUGCAUGACAGAAAAUGUACAAAAAGGCCGCCGGAUGGAACAAAAAUUGUUCGGUUGGCUAUAGAGAUGGAACAAGAAUCAAAAGGAGAGCCAUUGGAUGAAAUUUUAUUACGUGCGGUAUAUAAAGAUAUGCUCGAAGAUGAGAUAGGAAACAUAGCUAAAAGUGACGCUACAAUUAGAUUAUUAGCUUUGCAGUUAAGAAAGGAACAUUAUGAAGCUCACCACCUAGCGAAUACGAGAUCACAAUUAAGGAGAUGUGCCCGUCUACUGAUCGAAGUUAAAAGACGAAAAGAAGCAAUAACUUGUUUCGCGGAUUGUUUCCAUCCAAAAUAUUAUAAACUUCUGACUGAAGGCAUUCGAACUAUUUGUGCUAAAACGAGCGAAGAUGGAAAGGUUACUUUUGAAAGGCCUUCUCUUGCUCUUCAAUUUGGGCCAUUGUUUUCUAAGAUAUGUAGGCGUCUUUUAAUUCAGUUAAAAUAUGAAGAGGUACCAAAUCACGAUCCCAGAUAUAAACAAUACGAAGAUUUUUUAACUAUUCAUGAAAGCGACUUCAAAACUGAAGUAUCUAUGAAUGCUUUACGGGACGUUAAAAACAAGAAACUGCAGAAAUAUAAACAAUUGCCAUCAAAUGCUGACGUCAGAUUAUUUUCCAGUCAUCUGCGAGAUGUUGUCAAAACCACAAUGAAGAAAUUACACGAGGAAGAUUUUUCCCAACAUGUAUGGAAACGACUUGGUGAAGCUAUUUUGUGCCAAUUAAUGGUUUUUAAUAGACGCCGACCGGGCGAAGCAUCACGAAUGAUUUUGUCAGAUUAUUUUGACAAAAGACGAAUGACAACUGACGAAAGCAAAUAUUUGACUAGAUAUCAGAAGAUUCUUAAUGAAAAAAUGUGUUUCAUGUUUUUAACAGGCAAAAGGUUGAAACCCUUAAAUUUGCUUUUGAAGGAGGAAUUCGUGGAGGCUCUUGAUUUCUACAUUUCCUUCCGUAACAAGGCUGGAAUAAGUCCAAACAAUGUCUACUUGUUCCCAGAUAGAACAAAGGUUAAACACCUCAAUGCAUCUGUUGCAAUGAAAAAAUUCACGUCAGAAAUCCAACUAGAAAAGCCCAAUUUGAUUACUGGGACGUAUCUUCGUAAACAAGUAGCAACGAAAGCCCAGCUGUUGACAAUGGAUCAUAACGAAAUGCAGAUUUUGGCAGAUUUUAUGGGUCAUUCGAUAGAGGUUCACAAAGAAAAUUAUCGUAUGUCCGAUACCAGCACCCACUUACUAAAGUUGACACGUUUUCUAAGUGUAAUAAGUGGAGAUGAUGAUAUCGAAAAAUUUUGUGGGAAAUCUUUUGAAGAACUACAAGAAUUUAUUCCUCAUGAGGAUUACGAUUUGGAAGAUGUUUUAGAGCUAGAGAAUUUUGAUGAAAACUUAUUAGCAAAAGAAUUAUUGGAUGAACCUCUAGACGAUGAUGUGGUAGCCGCAGAUUCAAAGAAAACUGGACAAAAAGAACAAACGUACAGGACACCAACAAAACGAGUCAUUACAAGGAGUUUUAAAAGAAAAGAAAGUGAGUCUAUUGCCAUGCUGACACCAGAACGUUCCACAGCAGAGACUCCACAUAAAAUGCAAAGGAUUUCUCCUGGAAAACCACGAACUCCUUCAACAAAACAACUUGAGGCAAUACUUUCUGAUCCGUCGAAAAGACAAAAAUUAACAUGGAAUAAAAAAGAAACUGCUUUAUUGCAAACAAUUUUUAAAACUUACAUAGAAAACAAAAAAUUACCCACUUUGAAUUUCUGUAAAAAAGUACUUGCUGAAAACAAGGACGUUUUUCAAACUGCUCGUAAAACGAGGUCACUGUAUAGUUGGAUUCAAUAUCGAAUUAAAUAGAAAUAUUUGUGCCUUUAGUUUUUUUGGAAUUAUGGGUAUAUUUUUUAUUUUCUACCCUGAUGGUAUAUGAGAAUGUUUUUAAAACUACUCGUAAAAGUAAAUCAUUGUAUAGUUAGGCUCAAUAUCGACUUAACUAAAAAUAUUUGUGUAUCUUAGUUGUUUGGAAUUCUUCAGAAUAUAUUAGUU